AUGAAUAUCGGUGACAUAUAUGUGAUGGCGCCUGAAGAUGGCGUGGAUGACACAGAACUUAUAAAAAAAAAGAAACACAAAGCCAAACAUAAACAUAAAAAGAAAAAGGGUAAGCAUAAAGCAGAAGAUCACGGAAGCGAGCACGCACCACCACCAUCAAUCCCUGGUGUUCGUCUUAGUUUGAAGCGAGUCGGGUUUCUUUUGUCUGCGUAUCUAGCUUUAGGCACCGUUUGUUUUACUCUUAUUCAAGAUCAAAUCACUGGAAAGAAAACAGAUAUUGGAGUCCUAGAUUCCAUGUAUUUCUGUGUUGCUACAAUGACAACCGUAGGAUACGGAGAUCUUGUCCCAGAAACCAAUUUCGCCAAAGUUAUGGCAUGUGUUUUCGUGUUUAUGGGCAUGUUUCUUGGCGGUUUUGCGCUUAGUAAAGCUGCUGAUUAUAUAGUUGAAAAGGAGGUAAACAUGUUUGUAAAAGCUAUGCAAAUUAAUGAAGCAUUUGAUCCUGUCCAGAUGCUGAGUGAUGCCGCUGAAGAAUCGGAUAAGCUCAAGUAUAAGUUUCUUAUCGCGCUUAUACUUAUCGUCGUGCAUGUAAUUGUUGGAAUCGUCGUGUUGAUUCUACUUGAAGACAUGAGUAUCAUUGAUGCUUAUUAUUGUGUUUGUUGCACCAUAACCACCCUUGGUUACGGAGACAAGAGCUUUACGACCACUGGGGGACGAGUGUUUGCUGUGUUUUGGAUCUUGACUGGUACGAUCUCGUUAGCGCAACUGUUUAUGUACUUGGUUGAAUUAUGGACCGAAAGUAGACAAAGACAGCUUGUGGAUUGGGUGCUUCAUAGGAAAAUGACUGUUCAAGAUAUUGAGAAUGCUGAUCUUGAUAAUGAUAAUAGUGUCAGUCCUGCAGAAUACGUGGUGUUUAAGCUAAAAGAGAUGGGGUUGGUAAACGAACAACUUAUCAUGAAUGUGAUGGAAGGAUUCAAGACUUUGGAUGUCGAUAACUCGGGAACAUUGACAGCGAACGAUUUAGGAAAUUUAACCAAGUUGAUGUCACGACGUUAG